CUGUGGACUUAUUCACACGAUUUGAACCACGGCCUUCUAAAUCUAACUGUCCAAACUCUACACGCGAGUGUUAGGUUAGGUUGUCCUUGUACUUGAUCCAAAAUACAAACAAAACCUACUUGAUUUAGGAAGCUUUAUCGCACCGACUGAACAUGGCUGAUGAAGCAGAUACCUUUGGGGAACUUGCCAAUGAUGAACCAUUCAAAUCUUCUAUCAAAAAAUUUCAUUCUUCUGUUGAUAAAAUUGGUGAAAGUCUGCAAUUAUGCUGUGGGAAUGACGUUUACUCAAAUAUGUCAUCCGAGGAGAAGGUGGAAUAUGAUCUCUUUUUGUCCUAUUCGCUCAAUUCACUAUUUUGGUGUUACCUACGAACACAAGGAGUUGACCCCAAGCAGCAUGGAGUUAAAAAUGAGCUUGACCGAGUUCGCACGUACAUGGCCCGUGCCAAACAGGUCCACGACAGGAAACUAAUGCCAAGAGUGGAUCAAGAAGCAGCAGAAAGAUUUGUUACAAGUGGUUUGUGGGAGCCGGGCCAAGCCAAAAUUAAGCCCAAAUCAGCAAGACGAUCUGGAAAUCAAGUCAACAAACGCAAGAGAUUUGAAAGUGACGAUGAAGAAACUUAGAGCCCAUAAGCUUUUUUUUAGUUACCUUUUGCCAUUUCAAUAUAAUUGCCGUUACUUUUUAUAAUGCUAAAUAAAAAUUUCUAUUGUCUCAA